AUGAUUGGUAAUCCAGCAUCAAUAAUUACGUUUGAGCCCCGCACUUCCGGAACUCUACCAGCGAAUAUUCUCAAUGCUAUGAUGGUAACUGGUGGUGCAGUGAGCAGUGAUGGAAAUCCAAUGGUUGGGAAGUUUGAUGAAGAACUCACUGAGUUUACUAUCAGUAGCUUAAAACGGUGUUUUUUCAUGACAUCUGCUGCCGUAAUGAAGUUGGUCGAUAUAUUUUAUGGAGAUAGUCGUAUAUCUAUAGAUUUCCGAGAAUCUGAUGAAUUGAUGCGACUUUGGUCUGAUUUAAAUCGCUCAGUUUAUGAAGAUUGCCUAAGGCACCAACAGGUACUUCCACGAAGCUCGAGCAGCUCUGGCGAUAAAACUGCAGAUAACGCAGCGUUGAUAGCAGCUCAGUCAGCUAUGGUAAUGAGUGGAGGAAGCAGUGGUUAUUUAAAAAAUACCCUUAGCAUUCCUAGUGUGUCAAAGAGUCGUGCCACUUCCGAACGUUCAUUGGCUACCAGUAUACCGUUAUCCUCACCUGCUGCAAGUGUUGUUGAAGAAAUGUCGCUAGAGAUUCCGAAACCCAAUUCAGCUCAAUUUGUUUGGCAUUAUUUGCAGAGUAACAAGAUUUAUAAGCCAUAUGUUGGUGACCAUCAACCGAAAGUGGCACAAAUGUUAGAUACUUUUAUGGAUUGGCUUGUACAGUCCUCACUCGUGAGACCUCUUCGAUCUUCACUAGGUGAUGCAAUCAGUCAACGCUCGAUGAGUUCCAUUAGUGCUGAAGAGACGCCAUGUUUGGAUGAACGAAUGGCAAUUACAAGUGGUACUGAAAAUAAUGGAGGAAGUGUCUCAAGUGCUGUUCCAUCAGCGAAUGAGUCAGCUAUCCCUCGACUGUCAUUUGCCUAUUCAAUGACAUCAUCUGGCGAUGCUCAUUCGGGGUUGUCGCACUCAGUUGAAUGGCCUGAAGUGGACGGAGUGUCUGCAGGCCGAGCUGCUGCUUUGGGAGCCCUUUGUCGCAUUAUAUGUUCCAAGAAAAGCAAAGAAACCAUAACAGAUUCUCAGCUAGCACAAUUCUACAAAGUUAUUUACGAGGCACUACUGGAGAAGGAUCGCUUAAUACUUUGUGCACUUAUUUAUUUUGGUGGUGGUAUUUUUCGUCUAUCUUUAAAAAGUGUUGAAAUACUUUUGCCACAAUUCGUUCAAACACUCGAAAUGAUUUACACGGAGUCUAUGAAAUCAAGGCUUCAUCCAUCUAUAGAUGAAGUUCAAAUGCGUCGUGCUUGUUUGAAUGCCCUGUCAUCUAUCAUCAGUUGGCCUACAACAUUUGGAAAUAUAUUCAUCAGUGAUCUUUCAAAUCCACAUUCUAGCGCAAAUCAGAACUCAUUCACAUACAUCGAAGUUCGUCCAUGGAUGCAUCGUAUUCUUAUCACUGCACUCCGUAAUGAAGUUGAUCCCAUGAAUCUCUUCCUCACUCUGACUAUGUGUACAAUACUGUGUGAGGAGAGUUGCUUAUAUGAUUUACAUAUAAAAGAAGAAAAGAAUGUCGAUAAGGAAAAAAGUGGACGGAAAAGUCUUGCUUACUGUUGUGCAUCAAUAGUGCGUUCGAUAGUAAGUGCAGUGUGCGACAAUUUAUGCAAACCUCAGUGGUCAUCCGAAUUAUCAGUGUGUUUAGCUGCACUGGAUUUUCUGAAUGCCCUUUCUACUAUACAUCAAUCGGUUUUGUUCUCUGAAAAUGAUCUGUCGACAGGUAUUCUGAUAAUUACUUCUCUUUGUCGGUUUAUUGACGCUCAACUAAUGAAGCCUCCUCCGUUACACUCUAAAGAUUUGCAUUCUUCGGUUGUAGCAGCAUAUUUUUCAUUAUCUGUUUGGUUAUGUGCAGCUCCAACAUUGCUGGAGACAGAAUCUUGUUUAACAACUGUAGCUGAAACUAUCGAACUUGGCUUGACUGGUGGAAAAAAUCUUCCUCCAAUGGAACGGAAAGCAGCAAGUAAGCGAGUAGAUGAUGCUGCUGAAAGCUUGUUGUAUAUGAUAUUUUCAGCUUUGGGUCAUGGUAGACAAGAUGAUAUUAUGGAUGAAAAGAGGUUAUUGCAUAAAUUUGGUAAUCAGGCGAUCGACAUCACAAAAUUUAGGCACUUCCUCGUUCGACAGCAGACUUUGAUUUCAGUUCAUGAAGCCACCAAAUUAUCUACCAUCUCUAAAGGAUUUCCAUCGGUGUUUCUGGUAAUACGCACUCCUUACCAUACAGCUUAUACAUUGCUCGUACAACUGCAGUCAUGGGUUGCAACUGAUACGGAUACAGUCAGUAAUGAUAAAGAAAGUGGAUAUCUCCAGAAUGGUCUUAAAAUUUCAACGGAUUCCAAAAAUGCUGUCAAAUUUUUCCACAUACCAUCCGAAUUCGAAAAGUCAUACUGUAAAUUAGACUCCGUAAUUCCUCCCCUGCAACCAACACCGGAUACAGAUCGUGUCAUCGCUGAACUGACUGAUAUUCGAAAAAGAAUGUCUCAAGGUGAAAGUUGUCUGCGUUCCUCGGACGAUCGCAAUGUUUGGCUUCGUGAACCAUUUUCAAAGGAAUUGUCUAAACUUGCUGAGCCUACAGAGCCAUCAACCAACUGUAAUGCAAGCCGAGUACUUCUUUAUGAUUUGGGCUUAAUUUCAGAAGAAAGUUACAAAUCUGGCGAUAUUUUGCUUCUUGAUUCUUCUAACCUUGAUUUUUAUCAUGAUCUGCAUCAUAUGGUCGACCGUUCACCGACAAAGUUGCUGCAGACUGUUCGCUUAUUCUAUGUUCGUGAUGGUCAACGUAGUGCUGUAGACAUUCUUGCUAAUGCGAUGAAUCUGCAAAAUACAAGCAACUUAUUCUGUAGUUUAUUAGCGGAAUUAGGAGAAGGUGUUGAAGUGGAAACGCAUCCUCACUGGACUGGUGAUUGGACUACAGCCUUCUCCGCUGAACGUAAUUUAGAGCUAGAAGAAGCGAAGGAGAAUUUGGAUAAUUAUAUCAUUGAUGGCUUCACUCACUGUCUAUGGUGGACAGAUCCACACAUCGAAAUAGCUUUCACAACACCAACAGAACGCAUUCGGAAGCAGCAGGAAUCUGCAACUAAGUGUAAUGAACUUACCACUUGUGGUACGAAUAUUUCCGUUAUUAGUUCUGAUGAACACAGUGAUUCGGAUCAUGCCGCUAGGAUGUUACAACGUGAUUUUGGUGGUCGGAUAUUAAGUGAUGAACGGUCAGCUGGACAAACUAGUGGUAAUAGCAGCGGACGGUCAAAUAAGUUGCUAGCAGAAACACUUCUGCCGUUACACAAAAAGAGUUGCUCAGGUGUUGAUUCUGGCACUGAGGCGAAAGAAGAUGAUUCGGAAAGGAUUACGUUCGUUAAGCGUAGUUUUGACCAACGUGUAUAUGUGAUUUUCUUGGAAAGAAUCGAAGACAUGCAUUAUUUUCCAUGUGAAGAAAUGUUCCCUAUGACAAAGGAUAAUUCAUUAUGCAAUGGUGACAAUAAUGCAAAACCCGACUUGAUCAUGAUUUUCGUUUCGGAAGUGGAAAACGAACUUGUUCGAAUUAAUAUAAUUGGAGACUGGACGAAAUGUGGUUUACCAGGACCACUGGUUGAUGGUUGUUUGGUUUCGAGCAGCGCCUUACCAAUUCUUCUAAAGCAUACAGUCAUUAGUAUUGCUCGACGAAGAACUGUUGAACUCGAAAACUAUCAACUGGUAGCAUCGAAACGUCGGCGUGCAAUUCAAGAAUUCUCCCGGAAGUAUGCAGUGAAGAAAUCGUAUUGUGAUUUUCUUGAAUUAUUACUGAAAGAGUGA